AUGGUGAGAGGGAAUACUAUGGGGGAGCAGCAGGAACUGGGUGCACUUCGACCGGGAGGGUUGCUUCAUUAUGACUACCGCACCGAUGCCGCGAAAACGGAAAAACUUCCCGAGACGUUUCGGGUCGUUCAGUGGAAUAUUGAACGUGGGAUUCAGUUUGAACGCAUCGUGCAGACAUUGCGGGUCAUUCGGGCCGAUGUUCUCCUGUUGCAGGAGGUGGACAUAAACUGCCGGCGGUCGGACUACAGGAACGUUGCACGGGAUCUCGCCGAGGCACUGAAGAUGGAGAUGUACUUUGCCUGCGAGUUUGAGGAGUUGGACGCGGUGGAUAGAGCGCCUAAGAAUGCUGUAGGCCCCCUUUCGUCACCAGCAACCGCAAUUUGUGAUGGUGGUGAUGAAAACAAUGGUAGUACUUCUUUGUACAAGAGAGGACGCCAUUUUCAUGGCAAUGCCAUUCUUUCUGCAGGCGCUACGCUCAGUGAUCCACGUGUUAUUCGUCACACGGCUGGUAUUGACUGGGAAACGGAGGGAUGGAAAAGGCGUGAGCCACGGCAUGGUUUUCGUAACAUUCUGCGUUGUUGUAUCCAUCGCAGUGAGCGCACACAUUCCUAUAUACCGGAUCUGUACCUUUACUGUUGUCAUUUUGAGGUAUUUUGUGGGGCACUGUCAAGGGUGCGACAACUGUUGGAUGUGUUCCGUGAUGCCACAAGCGUACUGAAUGAGGGGAGGCAACAUAUUUCCUCACAUUCUCACUACAGUAAACAGCAGCAUCCUGCCUUUAUUAUUGCUGGGGAUUUGAACACCUUGGCAGAUGGCAUUGUACGAUUGUCGCUGCAAUUUGACUUGGGUCGCUUGCGACUUCUUAGUUUUGGGGAGAAGGAGGCAUGUUGGCUGCAACGCAAAGUUUUGUCGCGUCGCAUGCAUCAUGUAACACGGGGCUGCUUCCCUUUUUCAUACCAUUACCUGUAUUACGUUCUCACUAUUCUGUAUGAAUCAAUUUGGAACAGUGACUUUGCAUGGAGGUGGUUGUAUGGCUUCUCUACGGAAGAAAUCGCUGCGUUGGAUAAUCGUCAUCUCUGUUUUUACGAUCCAAGCGACAAGGCAUUGUCUAUCACACUUGAUGAUCCAGCUUACUAUGGCUUUGUUUUCGGUAAGUUGGAUUGGCUGCUGCUAAGCAAUCUGACGGUUGCGCCACCCUCACUCACCGAGGAGGCCCUUAAUGCGCUGAAAAUGAGUGGAUCCAUCACUGCAGAAACCGCGUCUUCUUUGUCUUUAUGGCGGCAGAAUAUGUUGUUACCAAUGCAUGGAUAUGUAACAUUUAAUGAGCACUUUGAGGCCUCAGAUCAUAAAGGUCUAUUGAUGCACAUUCAGCAGCAAAAUAGUCUUCCAAAGGAGACUUACCCAGAGUAUGGCGCCACUUACACUGCAUCAUGGGUGAAUGUUGGAUUUUUCACUUUCACACGAGUGCUACCAUGGGCUGUCACGGCGUUUGUAAUUUACAAACGAUGGCAGCGGUGUAGACAUGUGUAG